UGAGCCUCAACGUCACGACCUCCCCCUUCUCUCUGCCGCGGCCACCACAUCACUUCUCUCACUUCACCACUCCUUUGGCGAUUACCGGUGUUGCAACUCUUCUCUGACGUCCCCCACCCCUCCGCGACUGAUCACAACAUCUCUCCCCCAGCAGAGCGGUCUCUGCGCGCCUCAAAAGCCACAUCAUUUCCUCGGUCCUCCCCCUUACUCCAACUACAUUCGGCAUAGCAUCACCAGCCAUUUGCAGAUAUGCGGUUAGACGUAAAGGUACGUGGCCAUCUCCAAACGAAGAGGGAACGAGCAUAUGGAGCUGGAAGGUCGAGAUGGCACAACCCCACCAGAGGAACAAGAGCUUGGAGUUGCGCGAGUCCAUUGUGGUGGGUAUGAUGCCGACGAACAAUACUAAUGCGGUUUACAAAAUACAGAGACAGCUGUUUGCCCGCAGCGAGAGAGUGAAGGGAAUUGAUUUCCAUCCAGUGGAGCCAUGGAUUUUGACAACAUUAUACAGCGGUCAUGCAUAUAUUUGGUCGUACGAGACAGGACUGGUCGUCAAGAGCUUUGAGCUGACAGAUGUCCCCGUACGAGCUGGUCGAUUUGUUGCGCGUAAGAACUGGAUUGUAUGCGGUUCAGACGAUUUCCAACUCCGUGUCUACAAUUACAAUACUUCCGAGAAGAUCACGUCUUUUGAGGCUCACCCCGACUACAUUCGAGCAAUCGUCGUACACCCUUCACAGCCAUUCGUCCUUACCGCCUCCGAUGAUAUGACAAUCAAGCUGUGGGAUUGGGACAAAGGAUGGAAAUGCGUCCAAAUAUUCGAGGGACACAGCCAUUAUGUCAUGGGUCUUGCCAUCAACCCAAAGGACACAAACACAUUUGCAUCCGCAUGUUUGGAUAGGACGGUGAAGAUCUGGAGUUUGGGCUCUUCGACUGCCAAUUUCACCCUUGAGGCACACGAGACGAAAGGUGUUAACCAUGUCGACUACUACCCACAAUCCGACAAGCCAUACCUCCUCACAACCUCAGAUGAUCGAACGGUGAAAAUUUGGGAUUAUACAACCAAAUCGCUGAUAGCCACAUUGGAAGGCCAUACUAGCAAUGUCUCAUUUGCAUGCUACCACCCAGAAUUGCCAGUCAUCAUUUCUGGAUCCGAGGAUGGAACUGUCAAGAUCUGGCACGCGAACACCUACCGUUUGGAGCAAUCCCUGAAUUAUGGCUUGGAGAGAGCUUGGUGUGUCAGCUACCAGCGGGGUAAGCAAGGUGUGGCAGUCGGUUUUGAUGAAGGUGCGGUUGUGGUGAAGAUGGGCAGAGAGGAGCCUGCGGUAUCUAUGGACGGGUCUGGCAAGUUGAUUUGGGCAAGACACAGCGAGGUUGUUUCCUCGAUAAUCAAGGGAGGAGAUACGUCCUUGAAAGACAACGACCCCAUCUCCCUCCCUACGAAAGACCUCGGUACCUGCGAAGUUUACCCACAAACACUACUCCACUCUCCUAAUGGCCGCUUCGUCUCCGUUUGUGGUGAUGGAGAGUUCAUCAUCUACACAGCUCUUGCAUGGAGAAAUAAGGCGUUCGGUUCGGCGUUGGAUUUCGUUUGGGGCUCCAAGGAAAACAGCAACGACUAUGCGAUUCGGGAAUCUGCUACAAGCGUCAAGAUCUUCAAGAACUUUGUUGAGAAGUCUGGAGGACUCGAUGUUGGAUUCCAGGCUGAGGGCUUAACUGGAGGUGUUCUUCUUGGUGUCAAGGGACAAGGUGGAAUUGGCUUUUUUGAUUGGCAGACGGGUGGCUUGGUCCGAAGAAUCGAGGUCGAUCCUAAGGAAGUCUACUGGUCCGAGAACGGCGAAUUGGUUUCGAUUGCCUGCGAAGAUACCUUCUACGUGCUUCGAUUUUCAAGAGAGAACUACCUAGCCGCCGUUCAGUCGGGAGAGGUCGAUGAUGACGGAGUCGAAGCAGCUUUCGAGGUCGUCACAGAUAUCAACGAGAGUGUCCGAACCGGUGAAUGGGUUGGAGAUUGCUUCAUCUACACAAAUAGCACCAACAGGUUGAAUUACCUGGUCGGUGACCAAACAUACACCAUUUCCCACUUCGAUCAACCCAUGUACCUUCUCGGAUAUAUCCAACGAGAUUCUCGAAUCUACCUUGCGGACAAGGAUGUCAACGUUACUUCCUUCUCCCUCUCUCUUGCAGUUGUCGAGUAUCAGACACUUGUUUUGCGAGAUGACAUGGAGACAGCCGAGGAGCUGUUACCGACUAUUCCCCAGGAUCAGCUGAACAAAAUUGCUCGCUUCUUGGAAGGCCAAGGCCACAAGGAACUUGCACUUGAGGUUGCAACUGAUUCCGAGCACAAGUUCGACUUAGCCCUCGCUCUUGGUCAUCUGCAAAUCGCUCUGGAUCUCGCCAAAGAGGCUGACGUUGAGCACAAGUGGAAGACCGUGGGUGAUGCAGCAUUGAGUGGCUGGGAUGUCGCCCUUGCUGCCGAAUGCUUCAAGAAUGCCAAGGAUCUCGGUUCUCUGCUUCUUCUCCACUCAUCAACCGGCGACCGUGAAGGACUCAAGGCACUUAGCGAGCAGGCUCAAGAGGCUGGUGCCCACAACGUUGCUUUCACGUGUUUAUGGCAACUUGCUGAUGUAGAGGGGUGCAUCGAUCUGCUCACCAAGACUGGUCGGGAAGCCGAGGCUGUUCUCUUUGCUCAGACAUACAAGCCCAGUCUUGCUCCCAAGACAGUCGGUCUGUGGAAGGAGUCUCUGGAAAAAGCGAAGAAGGGCAGGGUCGCUAAAACCGUCGGAGUACCUGGAGAGGAUGACGAGCUGUUCCCAGAAUGGGACGAGUACCUGCGAUUGGAGACUGAGGGUGUCAGUCUUAUCGAUGUUGACACCGAGGGAGUCAAUGGCGAGGCUUCAGAUCCGGAUGCAGAAGAAGCGGAGGAGGAAGAAGAAGAAGAAGAGGUUGAGGCGUAGUAAUAGACUUGAUUCUCUGGGGUUUGGGCAGGUGGGUAGGGCAAAAUAGCUUAAAUAGCUAACUUAUUGAAUGAAUGGAAAUGUUCUGUUUAGACCAUG